AUGUUAACAGACGGUGAUGAUGAAGUCCGUAAGUUAACAUCAGUCGACACCACACUCUUCACACCAGACAGGAGAGCACUCUGUAUCCACUCCUCCCGUAUUAAUGGCGAUAUACUGGUGGGGAGUUAUGAGAAAGUGACGAAGUACGACAGGACAGGACGGAAUCCUCGGGUCAUUAAGAAGGACGACAAGGGACAAAGUCUGUAUGGAGUACCAGCAUACAUCACGGAGAACAAGAUCGGAUACAUCUGGACUUCUGAAUGGAGAACGAAAGCAGUAUUAGUGGUGGUGGAUAAAUCAGGACGCCGUCGGUUUAACUACAAAGGUCGUCAGUAUGACCACUCAGGUCAUCAACCUGUCUUUUAUCCAACAGGAAUCUGCACUGAUGUCCACGGACACGUAUUGGUGUGUGGUUAUAACAAUAGCAGUAUCCAUUUCCCGGAUCAGGACGGCCAGUUCCUUUCUCUACUGCUUACACAAGAACAACAUGGAAUGCGUGUGUGGACGACCAACACAAUCUAUAUCUGUGAAAGACGUACAGUAACAUUAUAA